CUCCGCAGCUUGGAGGCAAAACAGCGGCCGUGAGGGACCGAACCCGGCAGGGGGGACGAGGAAGGAGGGAUUGUGGGGGCCCCCCUGCCCGGAGCCGCCGCCGCCGCCGCCGCGCCUCUUCUCACGCCAACGGUCAGCCUCCACCGCCCUCGCCUUUGCCGCAGGUUGAUUUAAGAUACUGAAAAGUCAAGGAGACGUGAAAUUCUAAAAGUGAUAAAGCAAAAUAUUAUUUUUUUCUGAACUGAAGGCUCAGUGUGGAGCCAUCAUGAGCGAUGUUACAAUUGUGAAAGAAGGAUGGGUUCAGAAAAGGGGAGAAUAUAUAAAAAAUUGGAGGCCAAGAUACUUCCUGUUGAAGACAGAUGGCUCUUUCAUAGGAUAUAAGGAGAAGCCUCAAGAUGUGGAUCUACCAUAUCCUCUUAACAACUUUUCAGUAGCAAAAUGCCAGCUAAUGAAAACAGAGAGACCGAAACCAAACACUUUUAUAAUCCGAUGUCUUCAGUGGACCACUGUGAUAGAAAGGACAUUUCACGUAGAUACACCAGAAGAACGGGAAGAAUGGACAGAAGCCAUUCAGGCAGUAGCAGACAGGCUUCAAAGGCAAGAAGAGGAGAGAAUGAACUGCAGUCCAACCUCACAGAUUGAUAAUAUUGGAGAGGAGGAGAUGGAUGCUUCCACAACCCAUCAUAAAAGAAAGACAAUGAAUGAUUUUGAUUACUUGAAACUACUUGGCAAAGGCACUUUUGGCAAAGUUAUACUGGUCCGCGAGAAGGCAAGUGGAAAAUAUUAUGCUAUGAAGAUUUUGAAAAAGGAAGUUAUAAUUGCAAAGGACGAAGUGGCUCACACACUUACAGAAAGCAGAGUUCUGAAAAAUACUAGACACCCCUUUUUAACAUCUUUGAAAUAUUCAUUCCAGACCAAGGACCGCCUUUGUUUUGUGAUGGAGUAUGUCAAUGGAGGAGAGCUGUUUUUCCAUUUGUCGAGAGAGCGAGUGUUCUCUGAGGAUCGCACACGCUUCUAUGGUGCAGAAAUUGUUUCUGCUUUGGACUAUCUGCAUUCUGGAAAGAUUGUGUAUCGUGAUCUCAAGUUAGAAAACCUAAUGUUGGAUAAAGAUGGACACAUAAAAAUUACAGAUUUUGGGCUUUGCAAAGAAGGAAUCACAGAUGCAGCUACUAUGAAAACGUUCUGUGGCACACCAGAGUAUUUGGCUCCAGAGGUUUUGGAAGACAAUGACUAUGGUCGUGCAGUGGAUUGGUGGGGCCUUGGAGUUGUUAUGUAUGAAAUGAUGUGUGGCAGGUUGCCGUUCUACAAUCAAGAUCAUGAAAAACUUUUUGAAUUAAUAUUAAUGGAGGAUAUAAAAUUUCCUCGAACUCUUUCAUCUGAUGCAAAAUCGCUACUUUCUGGUUUGCUGAUAAAAGAUCCAAAUAAGCGUCUUGGUGGAGGACCAGAUGAUGCUAAAGAAAUUAUGCGACACAGUUUCUUUGCUGGAGUAAACUGGCAAGAUGUAUAUGAUAAGAAGCUCGUUCCUCCUUUUAAACCUCAAGUAACGUCUGAGACAGACACCAGAUAUUUUGAUGAAGAAUUUACUGCUCAAACUAUCACAAUAACACCACCUGAAAAAUAUGAUGAAGAUGGCAUGGACUGCAUGGACAAUGAAAGACGACCACAUUUCCCUCAGUUUUCUUAUUCUGCAAGUGGACGGGAAUAACUCCUUAUCUGUUUUCCUGCUUCACAGUCACAUUUGACUUAUCACUGAAAAUGGUUCCUGAACAUCAACACCAUUACUUGCUAUUAUUUAGCAGAGCAGAGCACUUUCAGAGAUCAUUCAGAAUUGAACAAGUUCCCUUCCUGACCAGUCAGCCUUUCUGGUUUAUAUGCAUGACAUUUUAUAUUGGUCUAACAUCUCCUGCUGUUACUACUGUCCGCUGUCUCAGCAUGAAAGUAACAGUAAGAAUCUAUUUAAAAUGUUGUGAUAUUGUGACAAAUUCCCAAUGAUGCAUUUUAUGCACAGCUGGCUAACAUUCUCUUGUGUUCCAAGAGCAAAGGCUGAAGGACAUGUGGGACUUGAGAUGUAUUCCUCAUUUCUUCUAGAAGACAAAUCAAAUUUCUAGUAAAAAUGACCAUGACAUUUUCUCACAUCUGUUUGAACUAAACAGAACCAGGAAACAUAGAAAGUGGUGGUGUACAUAUGCAAAGCGUUUAGUAGGCAUAUCAUCACUUGAAUCAGACUUGUCAUUAACAUCUGGAUGAAACCAUUCAGGAGACGGACUAAUAAUUGUUAAUAUAUAUAAAUAUAUAUAUAUAUAAAUAUAUAUAUAUUAUUUUUUAAUUACUGUUGGAUACUACACAAGAAGCAAAAAGGUUGGGUUCUCACCUAUCCUCCCACUUAGACUUCCAGAUUCAUGUGCAAUUAUGGAGAAUGGGACCUUUAAAAUUCAAGAAAUUAAGGCAUAAAAGCAGCAUUUGAAAUUGUUUAAAGGUCUUAUGAUUUGCAUCUCACUCAUGCUUUUAUUUCUUUGUUGAUAUACAUCACCUCUGGAGGCUGAAGAAUGUAGUCAGGCAUAAACAACAUUGCUUUUCACCAAAACUUGUACACUAAGGCAAACAGGAGUUUGCCUUACAUAUUUUUAUUUUUAGUUCGUGAAUUAGUUUUUUCUUCAGGUGAUUUAACUGAAUAUUUUUGUUACACUUCAGUAGUAUUUAUUUUUAGUGACAACGAUUGUAUGUGUCAUGUUUGCAAAUGCUGCUAUAUCCUAGAAGAGGCUUAUCUUUUAUUUUGUAAUGUAUGGAAGGACUGUACAAGCUGAACAAAAUAAUGCACUUUUUCUCCCAUGUGAAAAUGUUAACAAGUUUCUGAAAGCGUACUUUGUACUUAGUAUCAGGUUUCUAAUAUUUCCUUAUGGUCAAGAAAAUCCCAAAGCCAUGUAUCCAGAGGGUUUCUGCACUCUUCACUCCAGGUGAAUGUAGAAUAGUAUCACUGAAAAGAUCUAGUUACUAAGUCAACAACAACUAUAAGGAAAACACUUCAUUAAUGUUUUACAAAUAAUAGAAUAGAAUAAAAGGAAUAGCCACAUUAACUGAUGUUGGAGCAUCGGCCACAAAAGAGAUGACAUUGUUAAGGAACUGAACUAUCUUUCUCAAAAUAUUUAUUGAACAGGAUUUCUGAAUGUUUUAUUUUGUGAUUUUAAAAAAAGGAAAUAUAGUGAGGCAAGGCAAUCUGUAAUAUAGCCUUUGGUGCUAGGAGUUGGGAUUUUGAAACCGAGCCAAUAUAUAAUAACUGUGCAUGCCAAUGGCAAUGACAUCACAAAAUAGUCCUUUAUGGGAUUAUCAUUGAAAUAUCUAGGCUUCAUUAUCUCUUAAACUCCUGUGACAAAACUGUGAUUUUGCUGAGCAUUAUGAUUGCUGUGUACAUCACUUUUGAAAAGAAAAUAAUAUUUACAUGCAGAUGUCUCUGCCUCUUGAUGUUGAAAAUUUAGAUAUCCUAGAAUGAAAACCACUGCAGGCAGUGGGAUAUGCAUGGGUUAUCAAGAGGCAUGUGGGCAUUUUAUAAAGGCAGCUAAGACAAAUCUGUACUUUCCAUAAGUAAAGUAGGGUUUAUUGAUUCUUUGCAUCACAACAGGUUGUGAGUAAUAUACACCAUGUGAGUGGAAGGAGUAUAGAAUAAAACUGCGUCUGCACUUACUGUUAAUGACUGAAGUAGUAAGGAGCAAAUCAGAGUGAGUCCGUGGCUUCACAGAACUUUAUAAGCAGUCUCCUAGGAUACCAAAAGUGACCAUGUGAUUUAUGUAAUUAAUAUUCACAGUAGUCCCAAUCCAGAGUUUAUUACAUAGAAAAAUAUCUCUGCUGGCCAAGUGGACAGUGUAGCCAGUUGUGAACCCUCUUCACCCUUUAGUGUGGGCAGGGCAAUAGCUCAGCAAAAUACUCCAGUGCACUCCAAAUAGAUUAUCUGUAUUAAUAUUAACACUAUCACUGAUCUGUGUAACAGAUUUGUGUUAGCUUGAGAACUAGCAAGAAGCAAUCCAUGCACAGCUCUGAUGUUAGAUGUGGGAUUUUUCUUCCUGUGCAGGGCCCUUUCUUACUUAACUAUGACCUCUCUUUGUGAAUCAGCCUUGUUGGAUUGAAUGACUUUCCAGGACUUAAAACAUUUCCUAAUUAGGCUGGACUGCAUCUUGCAGCAGUGCUAUUUCAGCUUGCUCCUAAUCUAUAGAAAGAUUGUUUUAUAUAUAAUAAAAUUAUCAAGCUGUUAUAUUUCAAUGUUAGAAUACUAUUUAUAGAGGCUGCUAGUGAAUUAUUUGAAAACCAUGCAAUAGGUCAAUCACUGUGGGGGUCAUUCCAUAGAGUUCCACAUCUACAUUUUGUAAAGACUAAUGCGUUUUGCAUCAUAAAUUGUAAAUAUUGUUAAUAUAAAGACCAUUUAAAAACAAUGUACCUAUAAACAUAACUGGUGACCAUAGUUGUUACAACCUAUUGAUUUCAAAAUUAUUUAUGUGUUUGUCUGGGAACAUAAGAUUGCACUAACUCUGAUUCUGGAGCUGGUGUUAAAACAAAGCAGGUUUUCUGUAGUACAGAGAAAUCAACAAAACAGAAUUUUUGUAGUCUCAUUCUCUGUGUUGUCAACUGAGUAAAUAGUUUGCCUUAUACGAUACCCCCAGAUUCCAGGUUCAUACUUAACUGGAGUAUUAUGAUAAUAUGGUAAGAACUGGGUCAUUUAGUAUUUUCUGAAAGACAUUUCCUUUACAAAAAUGUUACCAAAAAUUAACAAAGAACAAUGUUGAAAAAAUAUAAACAAUAUUGUGCAAUCCAGUGAAAAGCCACAUACAUAAGGAACAGGAUGUAGAAAUGGCCCCCAGGUGUAUGAGUUCCCUCACCAGCCUAACAGCUGGAACCAGAUCCUCAUUCCCCAUUAGCAGAGGGAAUUGGGCUGGAUUCCGACUCCACUCCUAAUUUCCUGUCCUUACCAAAGAGCUGAUUGGCAGUAUUUUAACAUUUUAAUAAGGGCUUCCAUAGAUAGUGCUGACUGCUCAGUGCAUACUUCGGAUUGCUCAGAUGCACACAUAAGCUUUUCUUAUGUAAUCAUCCAUUUUUGCUCACUGAAUAAAAAUUAGCUAUGACACAUAGAUUUGAAUGUAAUUAAAAUAAUCCUGGGGGUAUAUCUAUGUAGGACUCUGUAAUAGACACAUGUAGACAAUCCUUUCCUGGUCUACUUUUGUUCAUCUCCUCAGAAGGUAAGGCAAGCAGUCAUGCUUGCAAGAUUAUGAGCAACUAAUUUCAUUAAAAUGCAUUGGGAUAAUCUCAGCUGUUGGAUUGACUCAAGAAUGUGGGUUUGGACACAUGAUCUGCCUUCUACUGACAAAAGAGUUCAUCUAGUGGACUUGUUUUCAUAGAACUCAAAUACAAGAGCUCACUCCAUUGAACAGAGUCUCCAAACCACUGCUUGGCAUUUGUAAGAAGGUGGAGCGGAGAGACAGCCAUAAGGAGAGGAGUCAGGAAAGUUGAAUGUGCUCUAUCAUUAAGAAAGCAUUCAUUCUAUAGUACUGUAGUUUACUUACUAGAUCUCAAGUAUGUUUCUUCUUGUCAAUACGAAUUUUUCACUCACUUAUUUGAAAAGCACAGGUAAAGAUGUGCAAACAUAAUUAUCUUAAUAUUCACAGUAUAAAAGCCCUCCAGUACAUUUUGCCAUCAUAUAUGACUUAGCUGUUCCCAGCACCUUCACAGCAAGGGUAAUGUUCAGAGGUACAGAAUUAAAUACUUUCCAAAUUUGAAAAGAGGAUAGUUUCCCCAAUUCUUAAAUUGCAUCAUACCCAGAAAAGACAUGGUGUCUGGCAGCGUAUCACCACUUAGUGGUUUGGGUAUGGGAUGUGUGCACAUACAUUUAGGAUGACUUCAAUGAAAUGAUGAGAAAAUGCAUUUAAACAGUACAAGGCAUAAUAUUUGCUCACCUUUCUGAACAAUUGAAAUGACAUUUUUUUAUUGUGACAUCACAGAUGUGUGCAUGGAAUCAAAUGAUUUUGUCUUGAGCAGAUGCAAUACCAUGUUUUCUCCAUGUUUUGACUGAUUCCCUUGUAUCCAUGUUAAACACAAGAUAAACAUCAUAGGUCCAGUAUGUUUGCUGUAGCCUAAGAACUGAAGAUUUUGGAUAAAUCUUUGAGAGUGCAAAUAAGUUCUGAUUUGUCAAGUGUUUGUAUCUUCUUUACGUCUAUCAGCAGUUAUGAUUUUAUACAAAAAUAUUUUUCGGGUGACUGCUUAAAAUGUCUGUGCAAAGUGUCCAUACUGUCAUUCUUACCUGCUCACAUGUGCAUUUCUCUUUCACGUUUCAUCAGGUGACAUUGUCCUGAGAUCUAGAUACAAAUUGAAGAGUAUGAAACCAUUAUCUGCAGGUCAUUCUAUCAUAGUUCUUGCUGCCUUGCUUUUUAAAACUUUCUUCACAUAAUGUUCUUGGGAGGAAAGAAGUUUUAAGUACUGACUUGACCCAGUUCAUAACACAUUUAUCAUAUUCUCCAUCUGAAGGAGUGCAAAGAGAGAGCACUCUGUGUGCAUGUGUACGUGCAGUGUACAUGUAUACAAAAUCCCCUCAUCCCCACCAAAACUAGAGGGUAACACCAUAGAAAUUAUGUAUCUUAAUUUCCUCCAGAUUAGAUAUCUUUUGUGUUUAUCAUGAAAUUGUACAUGUUCAUAGAGUAUAAAGAAGAGACAUUUUAAUGUCUAAAAUACAAAACGACAAAGUCAUCCUCAGAUUUUUUAUUAGCUCAGAAAUGCUCCAAAUAAUUACAAAAAUAUUAAAUGAACAAUAUUUGUUUGAUUGUUUAAUUGCCCCCAGUGGGUCAUGAUAGUAGUUCUUGAUAGUAGUUUUUGUUCAAUAUUACAUCAGUGGGCAACUAAACUUUCCCAUGUUCCUUUCCCAAAUCUUUCCCAAGGGCUAGGAUGUAGCAAGAAAGCAUUACACAAGUGGAUGUCUGCUCUCCCAAUAUCAGGUUAAAAAAAAUCACAGAUGCAAUUUCAUCGCUAAAGCUGCUUACAUUAGCAGAACUGGGGGUGGGGUACUCUGUGCACCUUCAAAGCCUGCAUGAGAAGGCUGGGGAGAUAUUCUGGAGAUAUGCAGGGCUGAAUAUGGUAAAGAGGGAAAGGAAAGGAAAUCCCAUUACACAAGCAGGUGUCUCGUACCGUGACACAGGAUUUAGGUUACUAGAUUUGUAACUUACUGUACGUUAAUUGAUCUUAUAGCUGGGAAAACUAAAGGUUGCUUGCUAGUUUGUCAGUAGCCUGCAUUUGCUUUAGUACUGGUGUCAACAGAACUGUGUAACUCAAUUAGUAUGAUUAAGCAACAAAGCAAAUAUGACUUGUAAAUUUAUGACCAUAUAUGGAACGACCCUAGUGAACGUGAAGUAAUGCUCCCAAUAUUUUUUAAAGGUAGAAAUAAAGCUGUGGCUGAGAGAUAAUUGUGAAAAUUCUCUUUUGCCUCUCCACAGCUUUCCCCGAAUUUGGCAAGACUGUGAUAGCAUAUUUUAAAAACAGAGUACAUUUCAGACUUGUUGACUCCAGCUUGUACUGGCUUCCAGGACAUAAUGUAUCCCCUCUUGUACUGCAGCCAUCUUGAGGAAAUUGGUCAUUUCUGUUUCUGUUUGGGAAGUUUUUGCACAUAGCUUUGCUUUUCACCCUAACGAUUCUUCCAGCACCAUUCUGCUAAUUAAAGAAGCAUUGGUUCCAGUAUUUUUUCCACAAAUUUUUCAACUUUGUUUGCUUCUUGAAGCUGGCAGUUCUUGCACGGGCCAUGUGCUUUUUCUAGGCUACAAAUGUAAGGUAUUCCUUACUAACUGCAGGGUCUCUAUAUAUUACACCUCAGUGUACACACUUUGCUGCUACUGUUUGUACUGUCUACAGUAGAAUUUCCUUAUCUUGCUCCUGGUAGUGCAUUACAGGCAAGCAUGAAAUGUAUAAAGUAUGUAUUUAAAUAAAAACUUUAAAUUGGUAACUGAUUACCUCCCUGUAGCUUUAGAGUUUGUGGAAUUUCCUGACCUUGCUAGUUCUUUCAUUAGAUUCUUGACAGAUCUAGUCAAAUGGUUAAGGACAUAAAGCAGACAUGACUAUAAAACCCAGGCAACCGUAUUACUGUUGGUCAUACUUAAAUUGUUUAUUUCCUUAAGUAUAUGACCCUCAAGGAUGUGAAAUAACUACAGCCAUUUUGUAUACUGUACAUCCUUAGUAUUUUUACACAUAUAUGAUAGGGAUGCACAUUAUUUUCCUUCGUACAGACAGCUUAAAUAAAGCACUAUGUCAAUCUGCUACUUACGUGUUUAUUAUUGCUUUUCUUUUCAGGCACAAAUGUAACAGUUGCAACAAAGGAGGGUUUAGAGUUAUCUGUGCUUUUUAGGUGGAACCAGUUAUACUGUAUAUCCCAUGAAAAAGCAACACGUGAUUGCAAAUUACAGCAGAUACCAUGUUACAGUACAGUUCAGAAAAGUAUUUAAUGGAACAUGCAUUAUAUAAGGUUUGAGUAAAAGCAGUUCUGAAUUAUUUAAUUUCAUUCUGAAAAUAUUUGUGCAUUCUCUCAUCAUAUAUUACCUACAUAGCUGAUAAAUAAUGCCAUAUAUCCUGUUAAGCUGGCUUCAAAUCUUUUAUAACUUAGACAAUUACUACUCCAGUAGCAGUAAAACUGCCCUCCUGUAUGGAGAUUUCUCCUUUCUGAUAGGGCUAAAACGCCCUUAAUGAAAAAUGGUUACUAAAUGUUAGCUGUGUACAACAUACGUAUUACCCAGAGAACUCACUGUCUAAAAAAAAAAAA